AUGGGACCAACAGCGGCCUGCUCAAUCCCGGAGAAGAACAAUGUUGGAGACAACUUCCAGCGGUGGAAGAAGCAAGUGAAAAUAUAUCUUGAGAAUUUUUCACCUGAACGUCAUCCCAAUUUAGCGUUAUCUUUGCUUGGUGGAGAGGCCUUCGAUGUGGUGACCGAGACGAACUGCAUGAGGGGAGGCGUUACAGCAGAAACAUUUGCGUGCCUUCGACGGUUGUUGGAUUCACCCCUGCUGCCCAUGGAAUAUAAAAAGCAAUUAAACGCACGGCACCAAUACGACGGUGAGGGCGUGAGAAGUUUUGUGCGAGAAUUGCGCCGACUGGCCAGCAGAGCAUGGGAAAAUGAUUCGCCCCCGGAAUUGGAGAAGAAGUUGCUGGAACAACUAGUCGAGGGGUCCAGAUCCAAUAACGUACGACGGCAUCUGCUCAUAAACCCACCAUCGGACUUGGAGGUGGCUGUCAAACGUGCAGAAGAUGUGGAGAAGCUGGAGGCGGCCACAGUAGCACCUCGAGAAUGUUUAGCGGUGAGGUACGAUGGUGCGCAAGAAGUCGGACAUCAGGCGUGGCAGAGAGGCCGAGAAAUGCGACCACCGUGGCGGCCCAACUAUCGGUUCCAGCACAGACCACUAGCCCAUCAGCAUAACAGGAAAUUCAACUACAGUGGACGACAACCUGGUGAAUUCAAGCAAAACAAAACAUUGAAUAUCCCCACUGUUUGCUGCCAGUCGAAUAGCCAGGACACGUUGAUGAUCGAACUAACAAUCUGUAAUCUUAUUUGUUUAGCGCUGAUAGAUACAGGUGCCUCUCGGUCACUCAUUAAAAGUUCGGUUAUGCGUCAAUUGAAGGGGUAUACAGUGAGUCCAUGUUUUGACCGCCUCACUGCGGCCAACGGCGCACCGAUAUCAAUCCUGAGAACGACGGUCUCUGCAACAUCACUGACGGGCCGGGUACAGAGACAUCCUAUGAUUAUUGCUGAGGACAUUCGAUACGAGGUAAUAUUGGGAAUGGACGUGUUGUGUAGAUGGGGAUGUACUCUGGACUUGAAUAAUUGGCAAUUGGUCACCCCGACCCUCUCAGUUCCGUUUGUGAUCCGCAGCCCAAAAACACAACGGUGUCGCCGGUAG